CAGAUCGUGAAGCUGAGGCUCCAAUACUUUGGCCACCUCAUGAGAAGAGAAGAAUCCUUGGAAAAGACCCUGAUGUUGGGAAAGAUUGAGGGCACUAGGAGAAGGGGACGACAGAGGACAAGAUGGUUGGACAGUGUUCUCGAAGCUACGAACAUGAGUUUGACCAAACUGCGGGAGGCAGUGCAAGACAGGAGUGCCUGGCGUGCUCUGGUCCAUGGGGUCACGAAGAGUCGGACACGACUAAACGACUAAACAACAACAACAAAACCACCCUCCAGUCGUUUGCACUGAGCUUUGGGAAAGAGGAGGAGAAAUAUUGCUUUCCGGCGGGUGAGAGCACUGUGUUCCCUGAAGAGUCUGUAGAAGAAUUUUCCGUUGCUAGCAUUGGACAUGCUCACAGCAUAAGCCUGUCUGGGAUCUUCAUGUUGCUUUAAAUAAGAGCCUUCAUUGCCGCAUGUUGUAAGGUGAGAGAUUUCCUUUCUGAGAAAAAGGGUGGUCCCUUCUCACAGCUCACUGAUAGCCGGGCUGUCUUGGGAAGAGUGUGAAGAGACAGUCGGAGAGGGUGAGAAGGCCAGCCUGGAGACCUGAACCAAGCCCUUCAUAAUUGGCUGGAAUCUCAUGAAAUCAAGGCAACCCUGAUUUUCAUUCUGGAGAAGAGGGGGAAGAAUUUCUCAAGCCUUCCAACUUUCUGGGUAGCAGGAACUGCCUAGGAAACUAAACUCGGCACUUACUCUAUUUUUUGCUUGUUUGUUUUAAAGCUAGAAUCCAAAUUUAUCUCAAAACUGUUUUUAAAGACUCUAAUCUACAAAGUGGUUUUGCUGAAAAAUCUCUUUUCCCCAUCCACUUUAAAGAGCAGCUGAAUUAGUUGUUUCAUUAAGACCUGAGCUUGAUAUCAGGAUUUGAGAAGCUGAUGCUCUGGAAACUUACAAACCAAAGAAACUAACAAUUGCAGGCACUUUACAUUUUGCACCGAGUGUUCCCCAAAGACUCUUGCCUUGAGAGAGAACUCCAGGGAAGGUUGAAGCAGAGUGGAUUUGAUCUCACCAGAAUCUACUGCAGUGUCUUUGCUGGCUCUGUGGCUGGCGUCUCCCGCUCUGGAUUGUGCUUGAUGGGGGUUUUUGCUAGGGGAGCAGACCUUGUGGCUAAGGACAGAAUUGUCGAACUGGAGGACUUGGAAUAUAUAUGUCGAAAGGCAUAUUGGCUUAACCCCCAAGCAAAAGACUUUUUCUCUGCUGCGUCCCUUCUGUAGUAUAUCAAGGGUUGAAGGCUGGAAACAGCCUGCAUAAUCUUGCAACAUGACCUCCAAGCUGGAACAGAAGGAAGCUCAUCACACCAACGGCGUUGUGCUACCCAUUGUUGCUGGCCCAAUAGACUGUCUCUCCAGUCCUGACCGAGAACAUCUCGUUGAAUCUUCCGAGUUUUUAGGGCCCGAAGAAGGAGGAGGUGUCGAGGUGGUAGUGAUAGAAUCCCGAGCCAAUGCCAAAGGGCUGCGUGAGGAAGAUGCCCUGCUGGAGAAUGGCAGUCAAACUACGGAGAGUGAUGAUACUAGCACAGACCGCGGCCCAGAACCAACCUCUCCUCUAAAAGAGACCUCCUUUUCCAUUGGGCUGCAAGUCCUCUUUCCUUUCCUGCUGGCAGGGUUUGGGACAGUAGCAGCUGGGAUGGUCCUGGACAUUGUGCAGCACUGGGAUGUCUUCAAGUAUGUGACCGAAGUAUUCAUCCUGGUUCCAGCACUCCUGGGACUGAAGGGAAACUUGGAGAUGACACUAGCAUCUCGACUCUCUACAGCUGCUAAUAUUGGGCAAAUGGACACUCCCAAAGAGCUUUGGAAGAUGAUAACAGGGAACAUGGCUCUGAUUCAGGUUCAAGCAACGGUGGUUGGCUUUCUGGCUUCAAUUGCUGCAGUGAUAUUUGGCUGGAUCCCAGAUGGGCACUUCAGCAUUGGCCAUGCCAUUCUCCUCUGUGCCAGUAGUGUGGCCACAGCCUUCAUAGCCUCCCUUGUGCUGGGCAUGAUCAUGAUUGGCGUAAUCAUUGGCUCCAGAAAGAUGGGCAUCAACCCUGAUAAUGUGGCUACGCCUAUAGCUGCCAGUCUCGGUGACCUCAUCACACUUGCCCUGCUCUCUGGAAUCAGCUGGGGUCUCUACAUUGAACUAGAGGAGAAAGCCUAUGUGAAUCCACUGGUGUGUGCUUUCUUUGUUGCCCUGCUGCCCCUUUGGAUCAUCAUUGCCAAGAAGAAUCCAGCAACCCGGGAGGUGCUGUACUCUGGCUGGGAACCAGUCAUCAUUGCCAUGGCUAUUAGCAGUGUUGGAGGACUGAUAUUGGAUAAAACUGUGUCAGAUCCAAAUUUUGCAGGGAUGGCGGUCUUUACGCCGGUUAUAAAUGGUGUUGGUGGCAAUCUGGUGGCUGUCCAAGCCAGCCGCAUCUCCACUUACCUCCACAUGAGUGGGAUGCCUGGAGAGAGCUCUGAGGCGGCCCCGCGAAAGUGUCCAACUCCUUGCAGCACUUUCUUCAGUUCAGAUGUGAAUUCCCGGUCUGCCCGCGUGCUCUUCCUCCUGGUGGUUCCUGGCCAUCUUGUUUUCCUCUACACCAUCAGCUCCAUGCAAGGUGGCCACACAACACUCACCUUGAUCUUUAUCAUUUUCUACAUGACUGCAGCACUUCUCCAGGUUCUCAUUCUUCUCUACAUUGCCGAUUGGAUGGUCCACUGGAUGUGGGGCAGAGGCAUGGACCCGGACAACUUUUCUAUACCUUACCUGACAGCGCUGGGCGACUUGCUUGGGACAGGUCUGCUGGCCCUCAGCUUCCAUAUUCUCUGGCUCAUUGGGGACCGAGACACAGACGUAGGGGACUGAAGCUACCCUUCCUCAGCAUCUCCACUCCCCGGCUCUUUUCCUUCAGUGACAUUCCCCACCCCCACCCCCACCCCUUCUACAAAGCCUUGCUUGCCACCCAUUGUCUCUCUUUGGGACUUUAACUUUGAUACUGGAUUCUCAUUAUUUUCAAUGGGAAUUUUAUGUGGUUUAUAUUUCAAGCCAAGUUUGUACAGGAAAAAAAAUGUUUUAGGAAGGAUAAAAGAAGAAGAAAAAUAUGUAAAGACAAUCACCAAGUGCAAUUUCAUAAUGGUUAAUAUCUGAACUAAAGGAAGUUACAGAACAAUUGAUCAGAUUUUUAAGAAAUCCCACCUUCCCCAGUUUGCACCCACUCAAGACACUAAAUGUGAAGGGUGUGUGUGUGUGUGUGUGUGUGUGUGUGUGUGUGUGUGUGUGUGUGUGUUUGAGAGAGAUGCAAUUCAUAUUUGCUUUGUUAUUUAAACUAGGUACAAGAAUUCUUUGCCUAUUGUCACAAAUGGAUUCUGAGUCGGAUUCAGUGGUUUGGAUUCUGUGCAUGCUUCCUUCAAUUUGUCAACACUAGUACUGCAUCUGAUUUGACCACCUAACAAGGCCUUCAUGGCUCAGAAAAUUGACCACUUGCCAUUAGUAGACUGCCCUAUAACUCGAAUUUGACUGUGUUGCAUCCUACCGUAGAUUGAAUGUUCUUUAAAGGAGGUUGAGCUACUCGGAAUAACAGAAUGAUUGGUGGGAAUAGACCAGAUUCAUUCUCUGCUGAGGAGACCGCAAAAGCCUGACUCAAGAAGAGAUGUUUAUGGUGGACUUCCGCUAUUUUAUACUAUACUGUAGUCUUAAAAGUGAUAUGGCUAAGAUCCACGUUGUUCCUGUUAGUUGCCACUUAGUGCCAGUUCCCUUGCAAAAACAUGACCAUCCAUUAUUUUUUAAAGGCUGAUACAAAGUACAGCUUAUAUCCAACUGCCUAUCGCUGUUAAGGAGAGUUGGAUUUUCACUGCUUUACACAGAGCCUGGAUGCUUGCUCUCACCUAAUGCCUUUUUAAACCUAUUGCCUCUUCUAUGCUGCUUCGUUUAUGAAUGGUCCAUUUUGAUCUGAAAAACGAUGAACCAACUGGUUUCGUAUUCUCAUUGUCUCCAAAUUUUAAAUGCCGGCGUUGAGAUGAGUCAUGGUGCUGCACUUUGACGUCAACUGUGGGUGCUUUGCAGCUCCUGAGUUCUCAACACAAGUUAUCUGAGGGCAUCUGCAACAUCAGAGAUGCUGGAUAUUUCCCAGUCAACCUAGUGACGUGUCACAUCUGUAUCCUUAUAUAGUACAAAGCAGUUGGUUCAUGUCAAAAGUCUUCACUUAUUCAGGGAUGAAAGCUCUUCACUUGUAUGUUUUAAGUGUUUGUCUGGAAGAUCAGCUUGGUGUAAACCCACCCACCCCUCUUCCUAGAGGUUACCCUCUCUAUGUUGAGGUCACUAAAUAUGGCACAUCCUGGGUUUGUUUGUGGGUGCAUUGUAUAGCAGCAAGUAAGACCCAUCUCUCACUUUCAACACUAGCAGGUUCUGGCUAAGGAUGUAGUAUUAAAAAUAAAUUGUUCUAUUUUAUGACUGUGAAUCUGAAGAAAUGUCAUCCAUUCUGACAGAGUAACUGUCUGGAAACUGAAACAGCAUUUUUUUUUAUCUUGGAAACAUGACAUUUAUUUUUAGUCUCAAAUGUUCUGUAGAAGACUCCAAAUACUGGGAAACCUAGAGCCUGAGCACUCCGGAUUUUACUGCAUUCUGAGCUCCGCUGGCCAGGGAACAUUGGGGGAAAUACAGAUUUCUGUGGGCAAUGCAUUUCCUCUUUUGAAGUGCACCAUGCUCACCACAAGUUCUGCAAGCCCCAUGCUCUGGUCCUCAUGUAGCUGGAACCCUUCGAAUGAGUAGCUCAUGUCUACCUAUUCUUGUUAGGCACUCUAAUCAAACACAUUGCUUCAAUGCAAACUCUACUUAAGCCAGGCAUGGCCAAACUUGGCCCUCCAAAUGUUUUGGGACUACAAUUCCCAUCUCCCUGACCACUGGUCCUGUUAGCUAGGGAUGAUGGGAGUUGUAGUCUCAAAACAACCGGAGGGCCAAGUUUGGCCAUGUCUGACUUAAGCUCUCUUUACUUAGCUUCUCCACAGUGGAGCAUCAUUUCAUAAUGUGUUUUCUCCUUUUGGCUUUAAUUCCUAAAUGAAACUGAAGCGCAGAGAGGAAAUUAGAAUGGAUGUGUCUGGAAUACGCAAUGGUCUUCUGAAGAAGAUUGAGGUACUAGAUUUGACUUGCUAUGCCUAACAGGCCCGAGAUUAGAUAGAAUACCUGUUGCCUUCAGAAAGGUGUAUGGCCUUUUUAUAUUUUAAAAAAACCCACUAAGCAUAACAGGACAGCUUUUGCUAGCAACAAUUAUGCUUGCUGGGCUAGAGCAUAAACAAGUUUCCUAUAACAUUUGGAUUUGGGACCAUGGCCUUCUAAAUAACUCUUGGAGGCAGCGUUGCUCCAGUUCAGAAGGCUUGAACUGUGAUCAAAAUGAAAGAUCUGGAUGGAAAUUUGUGCCAAAGUGGUGCAUAAAGGGCUCAAUUGGACCACUGUACUCUCGAGGCUGUUAAUCUUAAACAGGGGCUGUUUUAGCAUAGUCCUGUGGCUUCAGGAGGCCUAUUUCAGACUGCCCUGAGCAUUGGCGCCCUCUUACCAAGCCAUCAAGAACAAAGCUUUGGGACCACAGUGCAAAAGUGUAUCUAAGGCCAUCUUUUCAAUCUGCAUUGCAGGGUAGCCUUAAUUAUGUGGCACAGUAGAUGUGGAUAAAGAUGUCAAACUUAUGUGAAUAACAGUUCUUGCACAGCUGAAAGCGAUACCCUUCUGACUUCCAACUGGGAGUACUUGUAAAUAACAUGGUUUCUGCUUAAGAAUGGGCUUUGUCAACAUAACUCAGUGUUAUCUAAAGGGCCCGGGGCUUUCAUCUUGCCUUCCCAUAGCUGUUAAAUGUUAAACUUCUAUAAUGGCCUUCAUCUGUCUCCCCUCUGUAUGUGUUGUACUGUUGGAUGCAUCUUAAGUUUUCAGCCUUGUAACAUUUGAGCAAUCCGUUUCUUUAUACAUGGAAUCCCCUUUGAACAUCUUUUCUUCCUCAUUACAUCCGUUUCUCUAGUCAAAGUCUGUGUCUGUGCAUCCCGUGAAAGAGUGUAACUCUCCUGGUCUUGGCUGCAAGACUUAGCCCCAGGCCCAGGAGCUGGAGUGUGUGCAUGUCACUUGGGUGGAAUCCCUAGAUUUUAUUAUGUAUGCAGUGGGGUGAGAUGGGGGAACAAAGUGGGUGUGUAUGAACAGAAUUUAAUCUCAAAGCGUUGAAGAAUAAUUUUAUUCUCACCGGUUGCACUCAAAUGCAUGUAUAUUUAAACCUGGCUGCAAAUGACGAUGAAGCUAUUGGUUUACACCUUUAUUAAAAGAAAAAGAAACUCAUUAUUUAUAGUUGCUGUAACUGAAUUGACAGAUGCCAAUUUAACUGAUAAAUUAUAUUUGGUAAAAUAAAGAUUACAUUUCUUUA